GUAAGAUUGUAGGUUGAGGCUUGGAGGAUAAGUCGUUUUGUUCCUCUGCCUUCUCCGUUGCCUUGUUCGACCACUGAACCUUCACCGGCGGAGAGGGAGAUCGAUAGGAGGAGAUAAGCUCUUGGUCUUCUCCCUCUCAAGAGCAGCUCAGGGAAGCCGUCGGAUUUGGUCAUUUUGGUGCAGAUUCAGAGAUGGUUCAGAUCAAGGAAUUCCGGAUCGUCAUGCCUAUGUCGAUGGAAGAGUAUGAAAUAGGGCUCAGCUACACCAUACUGAAGAUGGAGCAGCAAAACACAAACGGCAAGGAGGGCGUAGAGCUGCUGCAACAGGUUCCAUUUGAGGAUGAAAAGCUUGGCAAGGGCCAAUUCACCUCAAAAGACUACCAUUUGCAGAGCAAAAUUCCAUCUUGGAUGAAAGGCUUUGCUCCAGCAAGUGCACUUACCGUACAUGAGGAAUCAUGGUGUGCAUAUCCAAACAGCAGGACAGUGAUCAAGUGCCCGCUUUUCAGCAAAUGCUCACUGACUAUUGACACUGUGAUUAGACCUGACAACGGCUGCUCUGAAAAUGCGCAUAAUCUGACCAGUGAGCAACUGGCUGUAAGAGAGGUAGAGAUCGUCGACAUCGCAUCGCAGUCGAGGGACUACUGGAGUAAGGUGAUCAGCGCCCCGAAUGUCGACCUGACAGCCUUCAAGUCGCAGACGACGAGCCGGGGCCCUCUUCUGAAGGGCUGGAUGGAUUCGUGCAGUCCCGUGAUGACCACGUACAAACUGGUGAUCAUGGAUGCGCCUAUCUGGGGCUUGGGCGAGCGGCUGGAAGACUGCAUCAUCGCGGGGGAGAGGGCGCUGUUCUUGGCGUGCCACCGUCUGUGCUUCGCGUGGAUCGACGAGUGGUACGGCAUGACAUCGGAUCAGAUCCGAGAGAUGGAGCGUCAGACCGACCUGCUUCUCAAAAAGACGCUGAAGAAGCCUGCGAAGGCCGGGAGCAAGCUCGACGGAAAGAGGAAGACGCUCAAAGAGGAGAUCGCAGCUGUCGGGAGCUGCACAUAGUGUUGUCCGUGCCAUGUGAUGGAUCUCCUCUGAUUCUAUAAUUCUGUUGACCUCGCUAUUUAAUUAGCUUGCUCAAUCUACGCUAGAUGUGGUUCGCUACACUGGAUGGCUUCACGCUGUCAGAUUAGGCAUGCGUUGAGAUCUGGGGGGAAAAAAAAUCAAGGACUGUACAUAGGAAUCCACGGAUGAUGCUGUGUAUAAAUUGGCAGUCAUCGACUGCUCGGGUUUAGGGCCUGUGAUUCUUAAACCUAAAUUAAUCGAAGGUCUAAUUCAGUCCUCA